UUUGUUUACCUUGACGUCAUAAGCGUGCGCCGCUCAAAUGCGACUCGUGUCUCUGCCGCCCAGGUGAUGCUCCUGAGUUAGGCAGAUUUGACAGGAGGAGAGGGGCAGACUGAAAAAAAUGGCACAUGUUCCCUCAGAGGUGUGUGACACGCAGCUGAAUGGAGUUUCAGAGGUGAUGGAUCUGCUUCGCAUAGAGGUGGAGGCUGAUGUGAUGGAGGACAAGCCUGGGAGGGAAGAUGCGCUGUGUUCAAGGAACGUGUCGAGGAAGCAGCGGAACUGGGAGAGGCAGCUCGCAGCCAAGAAGGGCAAGAGGAAAGAGGAGAAGCAGAGGAGGAAGCUCAACCGUGAGCAGGAGUCGGGUGGCAGUGCCGACAGUCCUCAGUUUACCAAACGGGUCCUGAAGGCGAUCACGAAAGAGCGUCUAGCUGAGGCCCAGGCCACCGGCCUCAAACUCUGCGUUGAUCUGAGCAUGACCGACUGCAUGUCUGACAAGGAGAUCAGCCGUCUGGCCGGUCAGCUGAGAAGACUGUACGGCUCGAACAAGAAGGCGGCUCGGCCGUUCCACCUGCUCCUGACCGAGCUGCGAGAGGACAGCCGUCUGUACAGAGAGUGCGUACGGAUGAACGCCGGCUUCCUCAACUACGUGAUGGACAUAACAGAGGAAAGCUGCCUGGACCUUUUCCCCACGGAAACUCUCGUCUACCUCUCUCCAGACGCCGAAGAAGCUUUGGAAACGGUGGAUGCUGACAAGGUGUACGUGCUCGGAGGCCUUGUGGACGAAAGCAUCCAGAAGAAGUUGAGCUUCUCGCGGGCCAGAGAGCUGAGCGUCCGCACGGCGAGGCUGCCCAUAGACGAGUACAUGGUGAAGAGGGACAACGCCAAGAAUUUCCACUCAAAGGUCCUGGCGGUCAAUCAAGUGUUCGACAUCCUGUCGACCUUCUGCGACACGGGCAGCUGGACGGAGGCGCUGCGGGCAUGGUUCCCCCAGGGGAAGGGUUACGUCGUCGCACCGGACGGUCGAAUCCACCCGGAAGAUCAUGUGAAUGGACAACAAGGGAACAGUACAUGUUGAUUAAGUGCCUGGUUAAGGAUUUUUUUGUUGUUGUUGUUCAACAUGUCCAGUUGCUCUUUGCACUGAAAUCAAAUAUUGUGAUGUCAUGGUGCUGGAGAGGAUUAUUAGUUCUGACUUCAGGAAUGUAUUUGAACAAAAGAGAGAGAGGAGCUCAUUUGACUCUUUUUUUCUCUGGAGUUUCUUUUUUUUUUUUUUUUAGUUCAGCAGCAGUGAACAACAUUAUUUUUGAACUACCGCGUUUUGAGACAAUAACCUUUUUUUAAUCAUAGCAAGAUGUAGUAAAAUGAAAAUGAUGCCUAUAUGUUCCGUCCUGCAGAGAGUAUAUAAAAUAAAUCGUGCAUAAAGUCCUGA